AUACGCCAUAGCAUACGGGUUUCAAUGAGGUAUUUUAUUGUUUUGACAACCCUAAAGAUAAUGUUACUUUUUUACGAAUCGAAAUUUUUAUAACGUUUUUGUAUCAUUUUGAACAUUAAAAUGAGAACCUCAGGCCGAGCAAAAACCCAGAAAAGAUCGUAUAAGCAUGUGCGUAUAAAUAAGAAAAAAAGUAACAAAACCAAAGCAAGUUCAAAUUGGGACUGGAGUGAUGAUGUUUCUAAUCUAUUUCUUGACAACAUAAACGAUGUCAUUCGGCAAAAUAAAACUCGGCGAGCUGAAGGUAGGGGAUGUUGGAAGAUCAUGCCACGAGACUCAUGUGAAGUAUAUAAGGACCGUAGAAGGCGACUGGAAACUCGUCGGAAAUUCAAAGAUGACCGCAUGAGCGACGACACCUCAUUCUGCUCUGAAAGCCAGAUGGAUGAAGAAGACAGACGGAGACCGGCCAAGAGAAACCCAAAGAGAAGGGUGCCGCCUAAGAAAGUGUCGAAAGCAAAGCAUAAAAGAAGAUACACAACGUCUCGCUCUUCAUCGUACACGACGUCCACAUCAAUGACUUCUGGAUCGGAUAUGUAAUACUAAUAAAUUAUUGCCAUUGUU